AAAGUUGACUUGACUUGAGAUGAGUAGUUUCAUAUUAAUGUUCACUGACUGCAUUAAAGCAGCAAUAACCAGAGCUCUGCUGUCCUGAUGAUGUUCACUAACAAAAAGCAGAAAGUUAAAAACAUUUUUCUGACGUUAAUUUUUAUUCUCCAUCACUUUUCUCCUCCAGAUCCUGUACCAACUCCUGCAGUGAAGAAAGUGAGUGUGAGCUCUGAGAGCUGCUCCUUACUGUGUUGGGUGGACAGAGAGACCACACUGCUGUGGUUCAAAGACGAGCAGAUGCUGAACCAGAGCAGCUCUGCGCUCUCUCUGCCUCUCACUGUGCACAAACAGGACUUCAGCUCCUCUUACAGAUGUGUGGCUGCAAACCCUGCAGAGGAGAAAACUCUUCCUGUCCGUGUGAGAACCACCUGUGGAGACACAGACGACAACGACACCAACAGCUCGAAUAAACCAAGAAACUAUAACAUCCUCAUUAUAAUCUUCUGUGUCCUGAGUGCUACCAUCAUCAUCGUCAUCGUCAUCAUCAUGAAGAGGAAGCAUCCUGUCCAAGACAAGUUUAAACUCCUACAAGCUGCAGGCAGAGCUCCUGUGGAUGAAGUGGUCCUUUACACUGGCACAGCUGACAGCAGACAGGGUGGGAUUUUAGCAGCUGUAUCAGGAACCAGUGAUGGCUCCAGUCUGACAGCAGUGUCUUACAAACUGGUGCUCGUCACACGAGAGGUGUGACUGGCUGGAACGUCCGAGGAAAGCUGGACUCUGGAAAGAAGUUUUCCUUUGGUGCUGAUGAUUUGGAUUAAUCAUCAUCCAAUCAUCUUUAAUUUCACACUUUUGUCCACAGUUCAAACUCCAGCAGCUCACAGAGCUCAUCACUGCCUCCGUCAGCUCACAGGGCGCCCCCUUGUGGUCACUGACAAGCUGUUCACAAAUUAGAUUUGAUGUCAUUUAUUCUCAUCUUCCCGACUGUUGCUGCAAAUACAUCAAAUAAAUAACAGAAGCUUUGUGAGUGUU